GGGGGGGGGGGGAUCAGCAAUCUCAAAUUGACAGAAAGAAGCUCAGCGCCCACCGUCUGUGGUGCCACUUCGGUUACGGGCGUGUGGAAAGUGGUGCAACCCCUGGCAAAGCUGUACUCUCUUAGAUGAGAGAUAUCCUCAGAGGAGAUGCUGGGGAGAGGGGGAGAGAAGGGGGGGUUGUUAUUAGAGCCCGUCUGCUCCCCAUUUCCACCCAAACAUUUCUCCGUGUGAUGAAUUCCCUUCGCUUUCCCUCGUCCACGCUUCUCUGACCCGAGUUUCAUACUUUCUCUCUCUCUCUCUCUCUCUCUUUUUUUUUUUUUUUCCCCUCUUCAGUUCUUCUCCUUUCUCAAACUCCACCGCAGCCCCGUGUUUGCUGGACCACACAUCCGGGAAACGCCGACAAUCCCUCGGAGUCAAUAAUUAAGGAUCGCGGCCGUCCUCGGCGAAGAUAAAUGAGCGGCGUUUGAGAGAUGAGGUCAGCUUCCAAUAGACAGCUGGAAACGGCCUGUCACGUGGCCUUGGGGUGCCAAUGUUCUGCCAUAGGGGUGUCAAGACCCUGGUAGCUGGAAAAAUCAUUUUGGGGUAUCCUGGAGAUGCAGAAGACAACGUACUACGAAAGUUCCACUCUCUUUGGGGGUUAUUCCUAUGGGAGCACCAAUGGCUUUGGCUACGAGGGCCCCCAGCAGCCUUUCCAACCGGGUUCCCACAUGGAGAACGACUUCCAGAGGUCUGCCUGCUCCCUCCAGUCCCUCGGCAACACGACCCAGCAUGCAAAAAGUAAAGACCUGAAUGGGAGCUGUAUGAGGCCGAGUUUGCCCCAGGAACACCAUCCACCUCCGACUGUUUCACCAACCCCAAACCCCACCACCAACAGCACCAGUAGCAACAGCAAUAACCAGUCAGGGAGCAGCAAAAGUGCCCCGAGUAAAGCCAACCUCAGUGCAAACUCCAGUCUCACCAAGCAGAUUUUCCCCUGGAUGAAAGAAUCGAGGCAAAACUCGAAACAGAAAAGCAGCUCCCCUAGCACAGAAACCUGCAGCGGCGAGAAAAGCCCUCCAGGCUCCUCGGCCUCCAAGAGAGCCCGCACAGCUUACACCAGUGCUCAGCUGGUGGAGCUGGAGAAGGAAUUCCAUUUCAAUCGCUACCUUUGCCGGCCCCGACGCGUGGAGAUGGCCAACCUGCUGAACCUCAGUGAGAGGCAGAUCAAAAUCUGGUUCCAAAACAGGAGGAUGAAGUAUAAGAAAGAUCAGAAGUCAAAAGGGAUGGGAUCUUCCUCCGGAGGGCCUUCUCCUACCGGCAGCCCCCCCCAACCCAUGCAAUCCUCCGCCGGGUUUAUGAACGCCUUGCACACCAUGAGCAGUAACUAUGAUGCCCCUUCCCCACCUUCCUUCAAUAAGCCCCACCAAAAUGCCUACGCCAUGUCAACUAACUACCAAAACCCCAUCAAAGGCUGCCCCUCCCAACAGAAGUACACCAACACGGCCCCCGAGUACGACCCCCAUGUGUUACAAGGGAAUGGGGUGACCUACGGGACUCCAAGCAUGCAGGGAAGUCCCGUCUACGUUGGAGGUAACUACGUGGACUCUCUGCCCACCUCUGGCCCAUCCCUUUAUGGCCUCAAUCACCUCCCACAUCACCAGGCGGCCAACAUGGACUACAACGGGCCCCAGCAGAUGCCUCCAAGCCAACACCACGGACCAUGCGAGCCCCAUCCCACCUACACAGACCUUUCCUCGCACCACGCAUCUUCUCAGGGCAGAAUCCAGGAGGCCCCCAAGCUGACCCACCUGUGAUCGGGAGCAGGGAUGGGUUGGAGUGAACUGGAUGGCAACCAACGCAUGAGUUGGAGGGGGCACGGGGCAGGACGACCUUCAGAAACAUUUGUGUUGAGGUGUUUUCUUCCUUUCUUCACUUAGGCAAGUUCUACCAAGAUGUUGAGUUUGCCACUGUUAUUUCCGGGUUCUGUUUGGCACAGUUUCCAAGGGUUUUGGUAUUUAAUGUCUAAAGCAUUUCUCUCUCUGAAAAGAUUUACCUCCUGUGUGUCAACACAAAUGUUUCUGAAGUGGCUUUGGGGAAGUUUUAUGGGAACCUAACAGGUUUUUAGCAGCAACACCCUUAAUUUCCAAACCCGGGGCAGAUUAUCACUGAUAAUUCUUGGUCAAUGGAAAGCAGAUGGCCAACCAAACCUUUACAGUUGGUGCCUCUGCAUCUACACCUGGCUACACAGGUUAGCCCAAGGGAUGCACGAGAAAUCUGCCCUCCACUUCAAUCCUCAAGAGCUUUGUGCUUUCCUCCCCAACCUCCAGAGGCAGGGCAUCCUUCUUCUCUGAGUUAAUUCCCACCAAUCCCCACACAAAAGGCAAAUAUACACACCUGCCAACGCGUGGGAUCCACGCUCUUCCCCUCCCUUCCACGCCUCCCUUCUCAAAAAUAAUAAUUAAAAAUAGAAAAGAAAAUGAGAGAGGCGUAAGAAUUGCAAAAAGAUUUAGGAAAAGUGUUUCUCAAUUGCUUAAAACCCCACCAACAGGAACGGCAGCCCAAAGAGAGGAAGAAAAUGUUGACAGGUCUGAAUAUUUUUCCACCUUUGCCACAGAUGAUGUGAAGUUUGCAUUUGAUGAUACCAGGGUUUUUGUUUUUUGGGUGGUUUUUUUUUUUUUUUUUCUUCUUCCUUAGGGUUCAUUAAUAGAAAAGCAAUCUUAAGACUUAGAAGUCCUAUGCUUCUUUCCUCCUCUUCUCUUGACCUUACGUGAAAACAGGGUAUAUUUGAACAAAUGGAAUGUCCUCCAAUGGAAGCAGAAGUGAAUGGAUCUCUAGGAUUUGCUAAUGCUUUAUUGUCUGGACAUCUUUGUUGCACUUAGAGUUUACAUAUAAUGGGUAUAAAAACAACUUUGAAGGGCGUUCAUUGAACUCAGUCGAGACGUCCUUCAAUAGGUGUGUGUUCUGGUGAACAUUCAUAUAUAUUUAUUGGUUAUAGCCAGUUUAAAAUAUUUUCCUUUUUGUAUUAUUUAUCCCCGAUAUUAUGUAUUUAUAUGAGGAACAACAACAGCAGCAACAACAAAAAAAAAGAAUCAAAUUGUACUUUUUUAGUAUUUACUUGUUAUAAAGGACGUUGUGUUUCCUUGUCAUUGUACAACAAGCUUAUUUUAGUUACUGUAAUUUAGAAAGACGAGUAGUUUUAUGUUACCUUCGUACUUAUGAAUAAUGUAAUUAGUUCUACUGGAGGCAUGAGAGCAGAACCAGACUGUAAUUGUAUAGUCCUGAAUUAGAAGAACUAUAGCUAAUCCCUCCCUCCCAUCUUGCCCCUCCUCUUUGGAGAUCUUUCUUUGUUCUUAUAGUAGUUAUUUUAUUUCCUUGCUUAAGGGUUGUCUGUUGAACAAUUCUUGAAUAAACUUUCUGUUAUCAAUUUCAUCUCGUCCUAGCGGUUGGA